CCCCUCCCACAGCUGCUCUCUUCUCCUCGCUCGCUCGCUCACUUUCCUGCACAGAGCUGCAGUAUAUGAGAGGGUCUCCUGAGUCUAGCUUCACUGCAGUGUAGAGAAGGGCACGGCGGCUGUUUUAGUACGGUGCGCUGAAGGAUGGUGCACCAGGAGAAACGCAUUUACCAGGCCCAGAGGAAUGAGAGAGAGUCCAUCAGGCAGAAACUUGCCCUUGGCAGUUUCUAUGACGACGAGCCAGUCAUCUACACCAGCUGCAGUAAGAAUGGCCCGUCCUCCCGGCUGCAAAGUGCAGUGAACCUGCAGGUGUGUUUUGUUAAUGACAGCAGUAGCGACAAGGACAGUGAUGCUGAGGACAGCAGGACGGAGACCAGUCUCGACACGCCGCUGUCACCUGUGAGCAAGCAGAGCUCUUCGUUAUCGGACCGGGACACAGCAGAGGAGGACUCGGACCCUCUGGACGACUGCAGCGGGUUCUGGCGGGUGCAGCGAAGACUGCAGGAGGAGGCCCGGGUGGCGCUGGCUCUAGCUCGACCCAUGGCCCGCAUGCAGGUGGAGGUGGAGAGGCAAAUCCAACUGCACAGACGUUCACCUGUGGCCGAUUUGCUUCUCCAUUUGCCUCAUAUAAGCGAGGGUUUGAUGAAGAGGAGUCUCAGGCGAGUGGACAUGAGGGACAUGAAUCUUGGACAGCUGCAAGUCAUUACAAAUGACCUACACUCACAGAUUCAGAGUCUAAAUGAGGAGCUGGUGCAGUUGCUGCUGAUGAGGGAUGAGCUGCAUGUGGAGCAGGAUGCCAUGCUGGUGGACAUAGAGGACCUCACCAGGCACACUCACAGCCAUCAGCGGAACCAGGCAGAGAAAGCUGUCUCUAAAUAAACACCCAGUCUAUACAUGUGUUCACCUGCACGCCAUUCAACCCACCGCUUCAUUGAUUAUUAAUAGUGUUGCUAAUGAAAUUCCAUCUGUGCUGGCUGUUUCUGGAGAGCUGAAUACAGCAUAUAGUAUUAAAAUACAGUGUGUGUAUAUUACACCACAGGACAUCUUAUAGAAGCUGAGUGAUCACUGCUUUCAGUAUUGACUCAGUUGAGUUUGUGCAGGGUUUUCACUUCCACUUAGCACCGUUAUUCAGAGCAUAUUUCACAGAAUAAGGAUAAUCCCUUUGAGUUAAUUGCAUCCCCAACCCUGAUUUACUUCUUUAUGAUUUUGCAUGGUACACUCAUGUAUGUUAAUGAAAAAAGGAUGAUGACUACCUGGGACCACACUGAAUGAAUGACUGGCAAACUUUAGCUCUAUAGUGAUCGAGGAGACUGAUCAGCUCAUCUGUAGACCUGCCGUGUUUAUCUGUGUAAUGCUCCUUUUACAAAGAGCACCACGCCAUCACUGUCUAACACUAGAAUUCACUAUUCAACAUCGACUGCCUGAGCCAUUGCAAUAGAAAACAACAGACACUGUACUGCUUUGUAGCUUAGCUUCACAGUGGUGUUUAAACGCUGCAGCAGUUUCACAGAGGUCUUGUAGGGAUCAUUUAGACACGGAAUCGAUCUUACAGUUCCCACCUGCUUUACAGAUGAAUUUAGAGCUAUAUGGGACAACAUUUCAAACUCUAUUCAGACCAAUUUGUUCUCAUCAAAAUGAUUUUGCGUUAACAUAUACAGAUAGAAAACAAAAGCUGGAGGCAUUUGCAGUGUGAUUUUUCUUAUGCUCAAUUUACCAAUGCUAAAAAAGGAUGAAAGAAAUAUAUUAAUAAAUCACAGCUUAAACAUAUAUUUAUUUUAUCUGUUUAAAAGGUUUAUGGACAUAAUGAUAAAAGAUACUUUAUUAAAGGAUGAAGAACAUCUGUUUGUGUGACUGUGCUUAAAUGUUUCCACUCAGCUUUUUCAGAAUGUCAUUUUUAGCACAAGUUACACUUUCUUUUUUUGAUAGUUUGCCUCAUUGAUAAAUGUAAUGUAAUGAUUGUAAGAAAAGAAAAUAG